AUAAAUCACGCAAACCGGAAGCUGUGAUAUCCUCGCUAGCUAAAGGAGCCUAGCGGUCGCGUUUUAGCGAUAAAAAGGCAACAUUUAGGGACAUAUCUCCUGUUUGAAAUCCCCAAAAGAUACCUGACAGCCUUUGACAGCAUGCAGCCCCUCCUCUUGAAGCACCUGGCGGCCUCCCUGACUCGCCAGGUGACCCAGAUGAGCCGGCUACAUCUGACCUUGUCCUCACCAGCAGCCGCUGCUUACAGACACCUCUGCAGCCUCACCACAGCUCCCCGCACACUGCUCCUAUCAUCAGCCAGACUCAGCUCCUUCCUGCCCCCCUCGCCUGCCUCCUCUGCUCAGUGUGGAUCCUCUCUGUCGGGACAGUGUCAGCAUCUCCCCUGCAUCCAGCCCUGUGCGGGGAUGAAAACCAAGUCUGCCCUGAAGAGGCGCUGCAAAGACUGUUUCUUUGUUCGACGGAGGGGUCGUCUCUUUGUGUUCUGCAAGACGCAUCCAAGACACAAGCAGAGGCAGGGCUGAAGUGUCAGAGGAGUUUUUAGGGGAUUGCUUUGAGGUUGUGGAAAAUAAGAAGAACUGAAAAAUAAGUUGUUUGGCUAAAGCAUGUGCAAAGCUCUUUCUUGUCUGUCUCCUCUCUACAGCAAUGGCUGCACAUAACUUUUUCAUUGUAAUUAAACUAAACUGUGUUAAACAUCUUUUUCUCCACAAUUUUAAUAUGGGAAACAGCUAAUGUGAGAUUAGUUUAAUUAAACCAAGAUUCCAAAACGAUCAUUCAUCCUUUUUCUUCAUAAAUGAAUAAUGGCCUUGUCAAUAAUGCUUUGAACAUGUUUAAAUUACAGGUGUAUGACAAAUGGUAAAGGUUGUGUGUGUAGGAUUUAGAGGAAAAUAUUCACAAAAAUGCAAUAUAUAAUGUAAGUAUCUUUCCUUAAGUGUAUGAUCACCUUAGAAUAAGAUUUGUGUUUUCGCUACCUUAGAAUGAGCCAUUUAUAUCUACAUAAGGAGCGGGUCCUCGCACCGCCAUGUUUUACAGUAGUCUAUUCGUGGUUUUGCGUCAGCCACUGUAGUAAGCAGAAACCUGUUUUUUUUGUUUGUUUGUUUUGGUUUUUUUUUGCAUAAAAUGGCUUUAUUCUAUGUU